CGGACGAACGCGGACGAAUAGUCGGCUCGAAUCGCGCUGCCGCGAUGCAUCGGUUCGAACGCGCGCACGGGCUGGCUGUCUCGCUUGUCUCCCUAGUGCGUCGUUCGAGGUUCGUCCUCUCUCGUUUCUCCGUUAUCGCGAAUCGCGACGGCGCGGCGGCGUUCGGUUUUUCGAAAAUACGCGCGCUACGGCGACCCGCCGCCGACACCGGCGACGUCUCGCCACUCUCGGUGGACGUUACGACGUCACGAGGAACCUACGAACAUUUUCCGCGAGUACAAGUGAGUGACUCGAUAAACUCGUUGCCCGCGUGACACUUGAAUACGAUCGUCGACGCGCGCACGUUACCCAUCGACCAACACGCGGUUCGAUUGUCGUUCGUGACAGGUUCUCGCUGCGCGUUUCGAUACUCGAAACUGUGUGCAAAAUUUCGACACGAACGUCGUGAGUCUGUGUAGUUCGCGUGAACGUUUCGAAGGGCGCGUCGAAGGAAGGAAAACGCACGAAACACGGAAGGUGUGAUAUAUGUGCCAAUUGACAACUAACCUUUACGCGAGUGCACGCGCGUGCCGCGUGGCUAUACACGACCUGAAGUUUCCGCGGCUGUACGGAGCACGCGCCGAUUAGCUACAAGAGGAAGUUGUCCAGAGGAGAAGACGCGGCAAGGGGUCGUUCGUUGACAAAGUGGAAAACGCUUAUUCGACCAGGCCCGUUAUGGAUUCCUAUCCGAUGGGGGCACUAUGCAGACCGAGGAAAUCGUGCCUCGCGCACAAUCUACUGGUAUAGACGGCGGCCCCACGGACAGCGCCUCUCUGCAGCAUCAUCUGCAUCACUCGUCACAUAUAAAGUGUCCGUUGCCACCUCUGCUCCACAUGGCGGUCAAGCAGGAGCCACAGGAGGAGGAGGAGCGAAGUCGUGACACGAAUGCGUUGAGUCCGCAAGUAGAUGCAGACACUUCGCCGACGUCCGUCGACGGCAAACACGGCCAUGGACACGAAACGGGCCAUCAUCAGAUCCAGGAGCUUGAGGAAAGUCCAGGGCAGACUGUUGCGGAUCUCAACAACCGAGGAAGACCGAGUCGUGGCCGCAGGAAGUCGCGAUGGAAGCUCAAGUUUCACCACCAAGCGCUGCCCCCGGAGUACCUGGACCACUACGAGGCAUCCCUCGCCCAAGAGGCUCUAAACUCGUCGCCGACGCGGCUGACGGAGCCGACUAUCCCUAGCCCGGCUCCCACCAGCUCCACGUCGACGCCUAGCCCAAUAGCCGACGUGCAUGGCUGGCUGCAACGGAUCGCCGCGAUGCAACAGGAGCUCUGUCCGCAGAUCUCUUCGGCCCAGUGCUCGACGAUAAACUCGAGUCAGCCGUCCGGCUCCAGGAGGUCCGUGAUUACGUCCACCUCUUCCCAUACGCUGAACACGGGCCACCAUAGUCAUAAUCAGCAGCAACAGCUACAAUCUCAAGCGUCCGGCAGGCCACCGAUGAAAUACUCGGAUCUGCCUUACAUGGGCGAGAUCACGCUGGACAACAGCAAGCCGCGACGAGGCAGGAAACCGAAGAAAGCGGACAUUUGCCAUUUAAUCUACAAGAAUUACGGCACCAUACUGCCAGGUACGCCUGGCCACGAGGAGAGGAGGCUAUCGCCGAGGGACAAGCUCGAGUGCCGCGAGAGGAUCUCGCCACCGAUGCCUUUCCGGCGGACCACCGUUCAGAAUAGGAUCAGCAGCUUGUUAGAGAAGCGACUGACGCAGGAGUCUCGACGAACUUUCGGCAUGAUGGAGAACUCCAGGGAGCAGGACGAGCCGUUGAAUCUCUGCAUCAGGGAUCUGAACCAGCUGAAGAUCAGGCUGUUGCGGAAGCACGGUAAUGUCUACGAGUCUGGACAGGUUAAGAGCGAGACGUCCAGUGACGGAGAAGAGGUAGAGUGUAUAGGCACCACGUUUCCCUCGGAACCGGGCUACCGUCCGUUGGAUCCCCUGGGUCGUAGUAGUAGUAAUAACGUGAAUCAUAACAAUAAUAUAAUAGAUCCCAUGUUGGGUGCCAAUCCUGGGUUCGUGUACUGGCCGAACGCGGGCGUGUUUAUUCAUCCGAUGGCGCUGCAAUCGCAGCUGCUGUAUUACCAAAAGAUGGCGCAAGGCGAUAAGUGUUAUCCCAGAAGCCUGGACCAACCUCCCAAGGAACAGAAGAUCGUUCCAAAGUCUAUAUAUUCUAUGAUGGAGACGAAGAGUCCACCGUUGGUUCCUCCUCCUGUUCAGCCAGCCCCUCAGACGAUUCCCGUACCACCUCCAGUUUCACCCAGACCGAAGAGAAACGCUCCCGUCGGCCAAGCUCAAGGACAGCCGACGAAGAGGAAACGGUCCGCCAUAUUUAUACCGCCCAUGCCUACCGAGAACAACAACAACCCCGCGACGGAAGUGAGCAUAUGCAAAUUUAAGUUCACCGGAGGAGCCAAACCCAGUCUGCAAGAGAAGAAGAGUCUCUCCGUCGACUCUGGCGGUAACUUUAGGUACUACAGCGGCACCGGCGACAAGAGCAUGCGUGGCUACGAGUUUUUUCCUCGAGAAGCUCUACAGCAGUCGGCUGGCCAAUCCGGCUCCUCGACAGGAGCUUUCCUGAACGCUGCUGGCGAGAGGAUUCAGCCGUCGCCCUGUCAGAGGACCAACAACCAGGAGGAAGGUCGACGUAAGAGAAAGACUCGAAAGUCCCUUCAGAGGGAGAAACUCGAGCAGACGUUCAAGGAGAAGGGUUUUCUGAUCCAGACGCAGCAGCUCGAGUCUGCAGAGGGCGCCACCUACUGCAAGUUCCGGCAGCUCCGAAAGUUCACCAGGUAUCUGUUCAGGAGCUGGAAGGACUACCUUCCGGGGAACGUGCGCGAGCUGACCGGCGCAGCGGACAACGAAAUGGCCGACGGAGACGUCGAGAGCGACACGAACGUGUUGCCCUCGCCGGUUCCCCAUCCUAAUAUGGUGGACGUGCCGACUGGCUUCGUCGAUGAGCAUCGCGCUCUGCCUCUGACGUGAAACGUUGAAAUUGCUCCCCGAGGCGAUCGGUCGGUUCUAACUUGACGGUACCUUUGUUACGGCUUCGCGCCGUAUUCCGGCUGUGGGCAGGAUCAGGCGAAGUGCGUGGCACUCGCUCAUAUCCCACGAUUGACACCGCGUUCGGGUAAGGAAUGCAGGUGAUAGGGGAUGAGAUUUCGUUUCAUUCGAACCAUGUGAUUUGCGCGUUGGGUUAGUUGUCGCUUGAUCGUUGAACAUGUAGAUCUGAAGUCUUGGUUGUGCGUGGUUCGUGCUUGAAGCGUUUCUUGCCACGGUAGACGUCGAUGGAAACUACAAGUCAGUUUAACCACGAUGUCGGUUGGCACUAAAUGGGAAAUUAGGCAAAAAUUAGGCAAUACAUUUUUUUGACGAAUACGUGCCGAAUUGUUUUAAUUGCGAUUUUAAUCGAUUUUAUAUUAUCAGACUGCAGAGGUUCUUGAAAUUUAUCCGUGACAAAUGUCUGCUCGAGGAAUAACGCAUUUUUCUUUCUAAAAGAAACUUGAAUUCUGAGAAAUCUAUUCUCGGCAUCGUAGUUAAAGGAAUAGAUGACAUUUUCAUACAUUCGACUGGAAAAUUAUUCUAAAUCAUUUUCGUAAGACUUUCGAACGUUUUUCUCCGGUACUGUGUCACUGUUAACGAAUCUCGUGUCCAGGUCAACUGUAUAGCUAAAAUCUUGGUAGAGAUAUACGUGAUCGCUGCUGCAAACGUCACUAGCAUUUAUUGCAUUCAGCGGUGUCAAACUGCCUUAUUAUGAUAUUGUUAGAUCUCGUAGAUGGCACAAAGUGAAAGUAGCCAAGUAAUUAGGGGGAAAAUUUGUGUCACAGAGUAUCAUACUACGUAGAAUGGCGCGUUGGAAAUGUUGGUUGGAAGUCGAACGCGUUAACCUGUUAACUGAGUGAAAACGCCGAGCUAACUCGUCUCUCGAAUCACCAAUAUUUAGAAACGUUAACCUAUUUCGCACCUAACUUCUCGCUCUCCGAUACAUCUUUACAUUUUUAUCGUCAUUAAGAACAUCAGAGAUAAAUAUCCCUAUUUAUUUAAAAUUAUUUUCAAACAAUCAAUGAUACUUCCCAAUUACUAAAUGGGAAAAUUUC